AUGGGUACACUUAGGGACCUCCAGUUUGCCCUGCAGCUAAAGAUUGAGGAGCUUCGCCAGAGAGACACACUAAUAGAUGAGUUAGAGUUGGAGUUGGAUACGAAGGAUGAACUUAUUCGGAGACUACAGGAAGAACUGGAUCGCUACAGAGCCACGGUGUCCCUCCCUGGACCUUCUGCAGGCAGUGCAGCUUGCUCGGCUCAAUUUGAGGACAAGCAGAGAGCCAAGAGGAAGACUGUCAUUUCUGAGCCCUUCAGUCUGGACCCGGUGACCCUCGCCAUGGUUUCUCAAAGAAGCUGUGAGAAAAGCCAGGAGUCUCAGAGGCUGAUUCAGGCAGCGUUUUUGAAAAAUGACUUGUUGAAGAACCUUGACGAAGGAGAAAUCAGAGCCAUCAUAGCCUGCAUGUACCCCACCACCAUCAAUCAAGGCUGCUAUGUCAUACAGGAGGGGACCAGUGGCGCUCAGGCUUAUGUUUUAGAAGAAGGGAGGCUGGAGGUGACAAAAGACGGACUGAAGCUGCUCACAAUUGAGCCAGAGGACAUGUUUGGAGAGCUGGCUCUCCUCUACAACUGCACUCACAGCUACUCUGUCUCAGCACAAACAGACAGCAAGCUGUGGGUCAUUGACUGCAAGAGCUACCAGACCGUACUUAUGCAGAAUGGUCUCCACAGCCUUUCUCAUUCGAUGGAGCUGCUUAGCAGCGUUCCCUUCCUGCAGUCACUGCCAGAGGAUGUCAUCAUGAAAAUGUCUGAUCUCAUGGAGGAGACAUACUACACAGAAGGAGACUACAUCAUUCGACAAGGGGCCACAGGAGACACCUUUUAUAUCAUUAGCAAAGGCCAGGUGAAAGUCACUGAAAAGAAGCCAGGGCAUGAGGAGCAGAUAGUUCUCUCUAAGCUUUCUGAGAGACAUUGGUUUGGAGAAAAGGCUCUGUGGGGAGAGGAUGUUCAGACUGUGAAUGUGGUUGCUGCUGGUGCGGUUACAUGCUUGGUAAUAGACAGACAGACCUUCAAAGGCAUCAUCGAUGGGCUGGUAUUUGACUGCAGUCACGAGGCACAGCAAAGCCAUGAAUCCAAAGUCGAGUCAGACAGAGAUUGUGCCCUCCUCUUAUUGUCCACCUUAAGCGAUUUCCACAUUAUUUGCACUCUAGCAGCUGGGGAGUUUGGUCACGUAGAUCUGGUGCAGCUAAAGAGCAACGCCAAGUGUCUUUUUGCCAUGAGGGUCCUCAAGAAGAAGCUGAUCCUCAACAGCGGUCAGAGAGAGCACAUCCUGAGAGAGGGGCACAUCCUAAUGGAAGCUCAUUGUCCAUUCAUAGUCAGGCUACACAGAAUCUUCAGAGACCCUGAGUGCCUGUACAUUUUAACUGAGGCUUGUCUUGGUGGGGAUUUAUGCACUCUACUUAAAGAUAAAAGAUAUUUGGACGAAAGCAGCUCCAGGUUCUACACAGCUUGUGUUGUUGAGGCCUUGACCUUUCUUCACUGUCGAGGUGUCAUCUAUAGAGACAUCAAGCCCGAAAAUGUUCUUCUGGAUGAGCAUGGUUAUGCCAAACUGAUCGGCUCCAGAUGUCUGAAGAAGGUUGAGGUGGGUAAGAAGACCUGGACGUUCUGCGGUACGCUCGGCUACAUGGCACCUGAAAUCAUCUUGAACAAAGGCCACAGUACAUCUGCAGACAUCUGGUCACUGGGUGUUUUUGUGUUUGAACUACUGAGCGGUGGGCUCCCAUUCAGCGGCUCGGACCCACUGAAGAUUUUCACUGCAGCCAUCCGUGGCAUCGAUCAGGUCGACUUCCCAAAAAACAUCAGCAAAAGUGCCUCUAGUUUCAUAAAGAAACUUUGCAGGAGCAAUCCCUCGGAGAGACUGGGCAGUCUGAGAAAUGGGGCCAAGGACAUUCAGAAGCACAAAUGGUUUGAAGGAUUCAACUGGGACGGUCUUUGCAAAAGAACUCUGAGCCCUCCGGUUAUUCCCACAGUUAAACAUCCUUUGGACUGCAGUGCAUGUGGUAAUUACAGUGAGGACUCAGCUGAGCUCUGCACAGACUGGGAAGAUUUCUGA